AAUCGAAAAUUAGCCUAAAUUGCGGGAUACUUUUUUUCCUUCCCCAACCCUAAAUCAUAAUCAAACGGCCAAGAUCGAGGAGAGAAGGUUCUCGGAUGGAAGUAGAGGGAGGGUCAUUUUCUCACAGUUGAGCAAAAUCCCCUUUCUCCAAGAGGAUUUUAGGGCAUUGCCUCCAACCACUACCUAAGAAGUGAAAACAGAAACAGAAAGGCAGAGGUAUGAAGUUCAAGGCAUUCCUUACAGAAAAUGGUGUGAAUCUCCUAGAAAAGAGGUUCCUUCCAGCCCUAGACAAGAUGGGGAAGAUAUGCCACCUCUAUCUCACCAGAGACCACACAAUGUUCCUCCACAACCUCCUUAGUGGCAACGAAGUUCAAUCUAUUGCCCAGUUUCGUAAAGAAGCUCUCUUUGAUGACUACCGCAUCUCCAGCCAGAAUGAGGAUCGCAUUGCCUUUGCUGUAGAUAUUUCACUUCUGCACCGUGCCAUUCGUAGUAGUGUUAGCAUUUGUACUGAAUUUGGAAAUGGGCCUACUCAGAACCGUCUCCAGAUUAAAUUGGUGAAGAAGCUACCACCAAAUUGUACUCAACCAAUGCCUUUCCUGACCUUUGAAACCAAGGGUUAUAAAUCUGCAGUUAUUCAAGAUGUACCAAUCUCAAAACCUCUUUCUAGAGCUGAAGUUCUUGAACUCCAAAGUGCUCUUGAUAUGGCUCAAGAUUUGCCUCAGACUCUGGUUCAGAUUCAAGAUUUGAAUCAAUUGCAAAACUUUGUGGAUCGGAUGAAGCAUGUUGGUGAUUUGCUAAAUGUCUCUAUCAGCAAAUAUGGGGACCUAUAUGUCCAGAUUUCUACAACAUUAAUCACGCUUGGUGCUGAGUUCCAGAAAUUGUUGGUCAUAGGAGAGCAAGUGGAUGCACCAGCUGAAGAUAGACAUCUGAGUGCUCAGACUCGGUCAGCAAGAUCAAUUUUGAGGGGUGAUGCUCAAUCUGUGCAAGUGAGUGUGAAGCACUUUGCUAAGAGCCUCCAGUGUCACUUGGCGAAGCCAGACUGUGCUUUCUAUGGGAUUGCUCCACAGGGUGCUUGCUUGACUGUGAUAUUUCAAUUCUUCAUUCCCGGUUCUCGUCAGACUGAUAAAUCAAUCAGUCUGCAUUGCAGGCUUCCUGUACUUGACCCAGGGUCCAGUUGAAGGGCCCAUGAGUUCACCAUCAAUGCUGAACUUUAAUCUCACCAAGGCUGACUCUCAAAGGAAGCUACAACUCAUUGCAAUAAAGGAAUUGAGGAAUGAUGCUUACGGUUGUGCCAAACUAUACCAGGCUCAGAUGAAGAAGGCCCAUAACCAAAGCAUUUUGAGAAGAUCUUUUGAAGUCGGUCAAAAAGUCCUUUUGUACAAUUCACGUCUGCAUUUGUUCCUAGGUAAGCUCAAAUCUCAAUGGAUUGGACCAUUCAUAGUUCGUAUACUUUCUACUCAUGGAGCCAUUAAGAUAGAGGAUUCCAAGAAUAGAAAUACUUUCAAGGUAAAUGGUCAACGGCUAAAACUGUUCUUGGAGUUGAAGAUCCCAGAGAUUGAAGAAAUGACCUUGGAGGACCCUACCUAUCAGAAUUGAUCCUCAUCUGCUGUGGAUAGUCUGGCUGAAGACAGUAAACUUAAUGCUUGUGGGAGACAACCCUUCUUUCUUUUUAUUUCUUGUCAUUUGAUUUUAUUUUUUGUUUUCUUGUUGCUGUGGUUUUCAUGAUAGGUGUUUUACGAGUAAGUUUGGGGGACAUUCUCUCUCUGCACACUCUGUUUUUUCCUCCACCUCUCGGUAUUGUAUUUCUACCCACAUUGAGGACAAUGAGUGAUUCAAGUUUAGGGGUA